GUGAUGUGUUAGGACAUGUUAGCGUCUCUGAACAAGGUAGAUCUGUUAAAGGGGCGUUAAUUUUGGGCUUGUUUUUGUCUGGUUUUCUGUCUCUGUCUCCGCAUGUUAUCAGCCCGGUGUUAGUGCAGUAUGUCUGAAAUAAUCUUUCUGAUUGUGUCUUCCGAAAUGGACACGUCUGCUUUCAUGAUUGGCUCACGUGUAGCUUAGAUGACCUGCGGAAGUUGACAGGGCCGGUCCACUGUGCGUCAACCAAAUUCAUCGUGUGGUGGCUUUAAAAACUAGUUAAGCUUAUGCGCAGAUAAGGCGAUUUAUUCUGAGGUUUGGAAUAUUGCGUUAGCUCAUUAAUUAUUUGAUUUAAAUAUCUUCGGUUAAUAAAGUUGUCUGUGUUGGUAGAUUUGUUAUGAUUAAGAUAUUUAGAUCAGGUUUCUUUUUCUACAAGAUUGUGUUAGUUCUAUAAUAACAUAAUGCAAAAAAGAAACGGUGUAUUUGUCCUUAUCUGGUAUUUAUGUGUACACCUCGUCUGUGCCCACACCGAAAAGUUUUCUACAGCUAUAAUCAUUAAAGAGGACUGGGAUGAUUUUGGUGAGGAAGAAAAGACGCAUGACACGCAUGAGGCUCAAGAUCCUGAGGACUUGGAGGUGUUCCAUCCUACAAACGAAUGGCAGACUCUCAAACCUGGUCAAACUGUACCAGCAGGCUCUCAUGUCAGGCUGAACCUUCAGACAGGGCAAAGAGAAGCCAAACUUGGAGGAGAGAAAGGUUUCAAAUACAAUGAGAGAGAUGGACAGAGGCAAGAAAUGAUGAACAAGCAGGCUGCUUUUUUCUCAACUCAGAAAAUAAAAGAGGCUCUAAAGAAGUUCAAAGGAGAUUAUAACCCUUCAAAAAAGGAUGAAGAAUCUGUAAGAUCCCAGUUUCGCUCAGUAGAUGAUCUGAAAAGAGACAUGGAAGCACUAGAUUUUCUAAUGGAGACAGAUAUCCAGAUUAUGCGUAAACUUUUGUCCCAGUUUAACAGUACCGGCAGUACAGUGGAUCAAAGAGUAACUGCUCUACUUGACCUAGAGUACCUUGUUCACCAGGUGGAUAAUGCACAGAAUUUGGUGUCAAUGGGUGGAAUGAAGCUGAUAACUGAUUCUUUAAAUAAUACAGAUGUUAGACUUCAGGAAAAUGCUGCAUUCGUACUAGGAUCAGCUAUUUCAAGUAACCCAUCUGUCCAAGUUGAGGCCUUAGAGAGUGGUGCCUUGCAGAAGUUACUGAAUUUGCUUGCUACCCCUCACCCAGUGUCGGUUAAGAAAAAGGCUUUGUUUGCAUUGGCAUGUUUGCUGCAUCACUUCCCCUUUGCUCAAAGUCAGUUUGUGAAGCUCGGAGGACUGCAAGUACUUGGUGAGCUGUUCCAAGUGCAAGGGGCUGAUGCUCUCCGUGUGAGAAUCGUCACAUUACUCUAUGACAUGAUUACAGAAAAGGAACUGAUCUCACAGACUGGUAAAGAUGCUGUGCCAGAUUCCUCUCAUCAGGAUUAUUUGCAAUAUACUGAAUACUCACUCCUGCCCAUGUUAGUUGAACAGGGCUGGUGCACCUUUGUGCCUGAGCUUUUAGUCUCUCCUGAGCAUGAUCGGAGAGAGAAGGCUUUGCAUGCCCUUCUGGCCAUGAUGCCCCACUGUCAGGCCCGAUAUCAGCAGAAUCCCUCACUGGCCACCUCUCUCAGCAUUCUGCAGAAGGAAUACCAGAAACUUGCGCUAACAGAAGAGACACUGGGGGAAGAGGAUGGGUACUUUGGAGAGAUCUUGGCGCUACUGGACUCUAUGGUGCAGAAAAUGUACUGCGAACACAAUGUAAGUAAUUGUGUUCCAUUGUAAAAAAGCCAAUAAAAAGGUUUGUUUCAAUUGAGUCUAAAUUGUCAUAAUACAUUCUGCAAAAUUUGAUAUUAAAACUUUGAAAAGACUUUAA